CGGCUCCCGGGAAACGGGGCCGUGCGUUCCUCAAGCCCGGAGCGCGCCGGUUGGACCGAGGCGUUGCGGGCUGCCGUGGCCGAGCUGCGCUCCGGCGCCGUGGUGGCCGUCCCCACCGAUACGCUGUACGGCCUGGCCUGCUCGGCGAGUUGCUCGGCGGCACUGGGCGCUGUGUACCGCCUCAAGGGCCGCAGCGAGGCCAAGCCGCUGGCCGUGUGCCUGGGCCGCGUGGCCGACGUCUACAGGUACUGUCACGUGAGAGUACCUGAGGGGCUCCUGAAAGACCUGUUACCAGGACCAGUGACCCUGGUGAUGGAACGCUCCAAGGAGCUCAAUAAGGACCUGAACCCCUUCACUCCUCUUGUAGGCAUCCGGAUUCCUGACCAUGCCUUUAUGCAAGACUUGGCCCAGAUGUUUGGGGGACCACUUGCUCUCACCAGCGCCAACCUCAGCUCCCAGGCCAGUUCUCUGAAAGUCGAGGAGUUCCAGGACCUCUGGCCUCAGUUGUCCCUGGUAAUUGAUGGGGGACCAAUUGGGGAUGGCCAGAGCCCUGAGUGUCGCCUAGGCUCAACUGUGGUUGACUUGUCUGUGCCUGGAAAGUUCGACAUCAUUCGUCCAGGCUGUGCCCUGGAAAAUACUACAGCUGUCCUCCAACGGAAGUACGGGCUGCUCCCCUCACAUGGAUCCUGCUUCUGAAACUCGGGAGGCAGGGGGGCCCAGGGACUGAUGCUGGACACUGUGUGUCUGUCCACUGGUAGCUGGCAAGGCCUCAUUUGCAGAGGCCUCUGGGGCCAUAGCAUUACUAGUCUGACACUUUUAAGGCAGUUUGUCUUUCUGAACACUGUAGACCAGGCUCCAGAAGCUGCUGGUUUAGCCUCACACGUCGGGAAGGGGGCUAUAUUUAUUAUAAUUUCGUAUGUCAGCCGAAAGCUGAAGAGAGACUUUUUAAGAACAUUCCUAGGAUGCUCUCUUAUUCUGAUAAGCUUCUCUCCCUUUUUUUUUUUUAAAAAAAAAUUUGAAACAAUUUAAA